GAAGGCAAUGUGAAACUUUUUUUUCUCUCUCUCUUGGAGGGGGUGGGGAAGGGAAGCUGGCCUCACGGGAUUGGAUGCUUUCCUAUUAGCAAGUCACCACACUUACUUAUAUUGAUUGACUUCACAGCCAAUGAGACGGCAGGAAGAGUGUUAACAUGCCCCAUUCCCAGAGUUGGUGAAACAUUCUUGAACUGAUUACUUUGACAGAAACCUCUCAUACACUCUCUGUCCAAAGACGGCUUUACACACUGGAUUUAAAGAGCAAGAAUCUAGUUGCGUUCUUCGUUGUAUCUUGUUGUGAAGGCAUUUCGCAGUGAAGGAAGCAGCAAUGGCACUGGCAGAAACCAUGCUUCCUUCCAUUGCUACUUUUGCCAGUCAUGAAACAUUGGUGCAAAAACAAGCCGAGAUGAUCAACAGGUGGAAAGUUGACGAGCCUGUCUCCAAGUGUAUCUAUCAGAUAAGACCCGCCACCCUCGCCGCCAUCCACUCCCUUGAAACCCCUAAUAUCAAAAAGGAAGAGGACGACUUGGGGAAUUUCGUAGAUUUGGAGUUUAUUUUAUCCAACACGAUGAGCUCCGAGGCGAGGAGCGGGGGAGGGCAUCAUUCAGCCUACCCCCUGCCAGAAACUCCCGAAAGCUGCGGCACCGUGUACGAGAGCGACGGCGCCUUCUCCACCUCCAAUAACUUUAGCAAUGGCAACUUCGCAGGGAGCCCGAACCAAAGCCUGGUGGCUGAACUACUCACACCGGAUUUGCCGAGCAACUUUUCAAGCGCCUGCGAGAUUACUCAGGACUUUGGGAUCAAGGUUGCGAUGGAAAGACGAGAAUACACCGAGCUGCGAUCUCCCGGCAUGGGCAACGUCGUGCAGAGGUCCGUCCCCAUAAAUAUUCAGCACCUGGGCCAUAAAAUGAAGCGGGAGCCACAGACCAAUCAGUCGUGCAUGCAUGCGGGAAACCCUUCAGGACUAAUGAUUGACCAAAAGCCGAACUUGAUUCCAUUGCACCAUCACCAUCCCCAACAACAGCAGCAGCAGCAGCAGCAUCCACUUCACCGGCAAACCUUUGGGAUUCACAGACUCCCGCACGCGGGCCAGUUGAUGCCCAAGGAUUACCAGGCAAUCCCAGACAUGCACCGUCGCCCCAACCUGUCGGUGCCACAACAGUAUCAGAGAGCCACCGUCUACCCGCCCCAUUACGGCCAGCAGUUUCACGGGCAGUUCAACGUCUACCGAGAUCCCCGCAAGGUCCACGCUGCCGGCAUGCACGGCAUGAUGCUGACCCCUCCAUCCUCCCCCCUGCUGGACUUCUUCCCCCCGGUGACCGCCCCCGAGGACAGUAAACCCAAGCGGGGACGCAGAUCCUGGGCGAGGAAGCGCACAGCCACUCACAAUUGCGAGUUCCCCGGCUGCGGCAAGACCUACACCAAGAGUUCCCACCUCAAGGCGCACAUGAGGACUCACACAGGUGAGAAGCCCUAUCAUUGCAACUGGGAAGGAUGCGGUUGGAAGUUCGCGCGAUCCGACGAGCUAACCCGCCACUACCGCAAACACACCGGUCAUCGCCCCUUCCAGUGCCAUCUCUGUGAGAGGGCAUUCUCCAGAUCCGACCAUCUCGCCCUACACAUGAAGAGGCACAUGUAAACAGCGAGGACAUACUAUUUAUACAGAGCAUAUUAUUUACAAUAUUUUGAUACUGGGUAAUGACUAUUUUAUGUAUAUAUAAAGGAUCUUUUAAAAAAAAAAAGAAGCACUAAAUUAUUACUCAGUAUUUAAAACGAAAUCUCUUGUCACCCAGAUAUGUCUUCCAGAGAGAGUAAAAAAAAAGUAUUAGGACUGAAGACAAUAAAAUCAGCUGCAGGGGGAAUGGGCGGGGAGGCUUUUAUGCAAAGGUAACAGGGCCGGACCCAGUUGUACAUUCAAUGUGUAUAUAACCUAUAUUGUUUGGAUUGAAACGGAAUGCGUAAACAGAUUUAAAUGAAGCAAAAAUAUAGUGCAGUUCUAAUAUGUAUUAUUGCAGAAUCUCUAGUACAGGAGCAUAUUUACUAUGUGAGCUGUUCACUUAACCCGGACAAGCUAAAUUACAAAGUUCGUUUGUUUUGAAACUUUCUAUUUGGAUUGGGCAGGGCGUUGGUUCAAAUUGGCACCAUCUUUGAUGAGGAAAUGACCCAGGUACUGCCUCAGAUGGAGUUGUUGAAUAUUUUAUUUUUUGUUUGCUUUGUAUAAAAAAUACUUGAAAAAAAAAGCCUAAAGUGAAUACAACGACAAAAAUGAGUAAAUAUCCUCAAAAUACGGCUCGCCUUAUCGUUACAGUCCUAAUUAAGAAAGCAAUAGUACGCGGUGUACACAGAUACAGUUGAAAGAACGAAAGAACCGUUCAAAGUGCAAUAUAUGUGUGUGUGUAUGUGUGUGUGUAUCUUGAAUCGGGUCCUUCUGUUGACACACUUAGUUAACAAACACUGGAACUAACUGCUGUUGCAUGGAUGGGAGAUUCGUCGUCAUACAAAAGCGAGCAAUUAAGAUAUCAUUAUCGGAUAUCUCCAGUGGAUUCGUUGUAUUCGCUUUCUUUUGUUUAUAUUAUAAAUAAACUGUUUAAAGC